AUGGCACCAUCCGCGGAGCACACGCCCAUGCUGGACGGUCAAACAUACGUCAACGGCGACGACGAACGAUCGUGCCAAUCUGGACACUCAGAUGUAAACGGUCUUCAUAGGUUUGGGACACUGCACAAAGAUGUGCAGCUGUACCGUGCAAACACAGGCCUCCUGCGAAAACGUCUCGCUCCGCUGUACUCAGAGUCAGUCACGGCCAAGAUUUGGAACAUCGCAGCGAGAUCCCUUGAUCAAGUGUCUCCUCCUACUUCUCAUCCAGAAUACACAGCACCCGGCAGCAGCGAAUAUACGUAUAGUAGCCACGAGUUCUGGACAUCAGGAUUCUUCCCUGGAAGCCUUGCCGUCCUGUACCAGCGAAGAUGUCUCUACAGCCAACAUGAAGUAUUGGCAAACCAGCAUAGCCCACAUGUGCUCAAACUGCAACAUGCCUGCCGGUGGUGGUCUGACGCACUCCACUCUCAGGCCGCCCGAAGGGACACCCACGACCUUGGCUUCAUGAUUCAGCCGUGGGCGCAGGUGCUGUGGGAGCUCGAUGGGGAUAGGAAGGCACUUGCAAGUCUCGUCGCCGCCGCAUACUCGCUUGCAUCGAGGUUCGACGAUAAGGUCAAGGCUAUCAGAAGUUGGGACACAUGCUUCACCAAACGCUACCGUUUCGCCGACCCCUAUCAGGACUUUCUGGUCAUUGUUGACUCCAUGAUGAGUAAGCCUAAAGUAUCCCGUCGUCUCGUCCUUGCGGCGACUAAUCGCGGUAGAACAGAUCUGAACCUCCUAUACUACGUCGCCCGCGAACUCCACGACGAGAACCUUUUCAAGGUGGCAACCUGUCACGCCACCACGCUAAUGCAAUCCCACGUCCGACAAGACAACAGCACCUACCACGUCGUCAACUUCGACCCCUCCCACGGCUCCAUUAAACAACACCUGACCAACCAAGGCUACUCCGAAGACUCCUGCUGGGCGCGCGGUCAAGCCUGGGCUCUCGCGGGCUACGCACAGACCUACGGCUGGACGCGGGACACACAGUUUCUCGACCUUAGCUGUCGCCUCGCGGACCACUUCCUCUCCCAGCUGCCCGAAGACUCUGUUCCGUACUGGGAUUUCCACGCUCCUCGUCCCGGGCCAAGGGAUACCUCCGCGGCGAUGAUCGCGGUCUACGGGAUGCUACUGCUGCAUCAGCAUCUACAGGGCAGCACAGACAGGUUCCUGCAUGCUGCGCUUGAAGUUCUGCAGGGUGUUUUGACGACUUCGAUGGCGCCGGAAGCGGAGUUUCAGGGCUUGGGAAGCGAUGGGCUGGCGACGGCCAAUCGUGGCGAAGAGACGGUCUUGUUGCAUGCUACGAUCAACAAUUACGAGUUCGCUCCGCGUCGAUGGGCGGAUCAUGGGCUGGUGUAUGCGGACUACUAUUUCCUGUUGGUUGGGAAUGAGUUGCUGCGUAUGGGGUUGGUGUAG